AUGAGUGGCGGUCGACCUGGCGGUUUGUUUCCUGCACCAAAUUCUGCUCAGCGUGUAUCAGCUAGUUUGAAACCAGGUUUAACUUCUCUAGGAGUUGGAAAACAGAGGCAAAGAGAAAAAGUCGCUUUACAACCGGGCCACUCACCACUUGACUGGGCACACUUAAAUAGCACUCAACCAAGGCAUGUUUUAAGGGGAUUAGAGCCUUCAGCGGCCCCUCCAAUGUAUACGAGAGUCACUAAAGAAGAAUUAAAAGAACACAAGACCAAAAACGAUUGCUGGACAUCAAUUAAUGGGAAAGUCUUCAAUAUAACACCCUAUGUUGAUUUUCAUCCAGGUGGCGUAGAUGAAAUCAUGAAAUGUGCUGGAAAAGACGGAACUACCUUAUUCAAUAAGUAUCAUAGUUGGGUUAGUGCCGAUAGAAUGUUAGAAAACUGCCUUGUAGGUGUUUAUGUCAAAGAAUGA